AUUAUGCUCCGCAUUGCGUUUGUGAAGAUGUGCAUUUUAUACACCCUUAACAUGCACACGGGAUCAUUCGUUCAGAAUUAGGCUAUAUGGUUAAACAAACCAUUGAUUUAAAGUGAAUGUAUCAUCAACGAAUGAAGGAGCUGCACGUAUGCACACCUUGAGCAGCAGGAUGAUGCAGGCAGGAGUCUGUCUGAGACAGGACACUGAGACAACACUACCAGAGCUCACUGAGCAGCCCUGGAUCAGACAGAAAGAAGAGGAACUCAGUGGACUGGCAGAUUCUAAGACAGAGUGUGCUGCACCAGGACUCAACACACUGGAGCUAGAGUGUGUUACAGCACACAGCAGGGUCAGUGAUGUAGUCCACACACACGCAUCACUAAUUAAAACAGAAACUGAUCUGGGAUCCACCCAUACUGGAGAUCUUAUUAAGACAGAGAGCCUCGACAGUACAGAGCUUGGAUAUGUAACCCAUCUGCCUCCUUGUCAAAUCAAAAUGGCUACUGAUGAUGGAGGAUACGUUAAGGUCGAACACAACAGUGACUUGCAGGAUAUUAAGUGUGAAUCCAGUGAAGGUGUAGUGAGUGAUCUCAUGAAUACUAUGAUGCGUGGAACUGGUGAUGAUCAAAAAGACCAGACUGAAACUUGGCAAUGUGGUGGAGAGCAAAAUCCAAUCUCUGAAAAAGAGGAAAUGUGUGAUUUUCCAACCCAAUGCAGGGACUUAAAUCAUCCUUCCAAUAUCAACAUUGAGAAUAAUGAGAUCAGAAUUGUCCAGAAGAGUACAAAUGGUAGCAACACACAUACUAAUUGUCAUAGAAUGAAUGUGAUUAUUGAACCCCUGAUUAUUAAUUCCAGUAAAGGACCAAACCUUUUGAACUUCUUUCCAAACCAGCUCGUUUGUAGAAACAAAGGGGAAACUAAUACUGGUGAAAAGCCAUACAAGUGUCCACAGUGUAGUAAGUGUUUUCGUGCAAAAUUUGAUUUAAAUAGACACCUCAGAAUUCAUACAGGUGAAAAACCAUACAAAUGUACACACUGUGGUAAGCAUUUUCGUACCAAAUCUGAUUUAAAUACACACCUUAGAAUUCAUACAGGUGAAAAACCAUACAAGUGUACACACUGUGGUAAGCAUUUUCGUACCAAGUCUGAUUUAAAUACACACCUUAGAAUUCAUGCAGGUGAAAAGCCAUACAAGUGUACACACUGCGAGAAAGAUUUUUAUACAAAAUCUCAGUUGAAUAGACACCUGGGAAUUCAUACAGGUGAAAAGCCAUACAAGUGUACACAGUGUGGAAAGUGUUUUUGUACAAAAUCCGAUUUAAAUACACACCUUAUCAUUCAUACUGGUGAAAAGCCAUACAAGUGUACACACUGUGAGAAAGAUUUUUAUUCAAAAUCUCAGUUGAAUAGACAUUUAGGAAUUCAUACAAAUGAGAAGCCAUACAUGUGUACACAGUGUGAGAAGUGUUUUCGUACAAAAUCUGACUUAACUUCACACCUGAGAAUUCAUGCAGUUGAGAAGCCAUACAAGUGUACACAGUGUGGUAAGAGUUUUCGUACAAAAACUCAUCUAAAUAGACACCUGAGAAUUCAUACAGGUAAAAAGCCAUACAAAUGCCCUCAGUGUGAGGAGUGCUUUUCCAAAGUUUCUCAUUUAAAUCGCCACCAGGCAGUUCAUACAGAUGAAAAGCCCUUCAAAUGUUCUCACUGUGAGAAGUGCUUUUCCAAAAUUUCUAAUUUACGUAGCCAUCUGAGAAUUCAUGCUGGUGAAAAGCCAUACAAGUGUACACAGUGUGAAAAGUGUUUUCAUAAAAAAUCUUAUUUUGAUAUACACCUGAGAAUUCAUACAGGUGAAAAGCCCUACAGAUGUUGUCAGUGUGGGAAGUGCUUUUCCACAAAGUCUCAUUUAAAUAGCCACCAGAGAAUUCAUUCAGGUGAAAAGCCCUACAAAUGUACUCAGUGUGGGAAGUGCUUUUCCACAAUAUCUCAGUCUAAUACACAUCAGAGAAUUCAUUCAGGUGAAAAGCCCUAUAAAUGUACUCAGUGUGGAAAAUGUUUUUCCCAAACAAAUGCAUUAAAUACCCAUAAGACCGUUCAUACAGGUGAAAAGCCAUACACAUGUCCUCAGUGUGGGAAGUGCUUUUCCACAAUAUCUCAUUUCAAUAUGCAUCACAGAAUUCAUACAGGUGAAAAGCCAUACAAGUGUACUCAGUGUGAGCAGUGUUUUUCCAAAAAAAAUGAGUUCAGUUGUCACAGUAUAAUUCAUUCAGGUGAAAAACCCUACAAGUGUACUCAGUGUGGGAUGUGCUUUUUGGGUGCAAGUUUUUUAAUUCUCCACCUGAGGAUUCAUACAGGUGAAAAGCCAUACAAAUGUCUUCAGUGUGGAAAGUGCUUUUCCAAAUUAUGUUAUUUGGUUAGGCACCAGAAAAUUCCUACUGGUGAAUAGGCUGACAAAUGUACCCAUUAUGGAAAGUUUCAUCCCUUUCGUGCUGCGUAUAAUGGAAAAUGUUUUGCUUCAGUUUUAAUAGAACCACUUAAUUAAUUUGAGAAUCCUUUGAAUCUAUUUGUACAAAUCAGCCUUUUGUGCUUUCGAAAGUCUUGUCUGGUGGGUGUUUUAGUUUGAAUUGAAGGAGUGAGUAAAAGGUGGUAAUACUACUAAAGGUGGUAAAACUAUUUGUCACUGUUUGUAGUUGUCCAGUUUAUAGUUUUGCUUCUGAUAUUUGUUCAAUGUUUGUAUUUUGGACAGUUUGAAAAAAAGUACAAUGUCUGGGACAAUAUGCACUGCCAUUUUCUUCUGUAACAAGUGUUUUUCACUAUUUUGUUUU